AUGUGGACAACCACUUCUGGCCUUCGAGGCAAGAAGCUCCACUAUGCUAUCACCUUCACUUCCGUCGUCGGUUUCUCUCUGUUCGGUUAUGAUCAGGGUCUGAUGUCCGGUAUUCUGCAAGGUUCAUCCUUCAUCGGCGAAUUCCCUGUUCUCAAUAAAGACCUGCCUGGCCACUCCGCAGAGCAUGUCUCUGUUCUGCAGGGUGCUGUUACUGCCUGUUACGAGCUGGGCUGUUUCUUCGGCGCUAUCUUCACCCUCAUCUUCGGUCAACGUACUGGUCGCACCCCCAUCCUGGUUGCGGGUGGUAUGCUGAUGGUUCUCGGCACUGUCCUCUCCACUGCUGCCUUUGGUGAGUCUUGGGGCCUGGGUCAGUUUGUCAUUGGUCGUGUUAUCUCUGGUCUUGGAAACGGUAUGGAUACCGCCACUAUCCCCGUGUGGCAAUCUGAGUGCUCCAAGGCCCACAACCGUGGUUUCCUCGUCUGCUUCGAGGGUGCUAUUAUCGCUGUCGGUACCUUCAUUGCCUACUGGCUCGAUUUCGGCUUGUCCUACGUCGACUCCUCCGUUCAAUGGCGAUUCCCUGUUGCCUUCCAGAUCCUGUUCGCCAUUAUGGUUACCGUUGGUGCUCUUAUGCUGCCUGAGUCCCCUCGCUGGUUCAUUAUGCAGGGCAAGGAUGAAGAGGCUCUCCAGGUCAUGGCUCAGCUUAACGACAGCUCCCCUGACGCUGAGGAUGUGCUCCGCGAUUUCAACCUGAUGAAGGCUGAUAUGAAGGCUUCUGAGUCUCAACAGGCCUCCAGCUGGAAGGUUCUCUUCACCACUGGCAAGACCCAAGAGUUCCAGCGUAUGAUGAUCGGUUGCUCUGGCCAAUUCUUCCAGCAGUUUACCGGCUGUAACGCUGCUAUCUACUACUCAACCCUCCUUUUCGAGAACAACCUUCACAUGGAGCACAAGAUGGCUCUUAUUAUUGGUGGUGUUUUUGCUACUGUUUACGCCCUUGCCACUAUUCCUUCCUUCUUUAUGGUUGAGAGAGUUGGUCGCCGUAACCUCUUCCUCAUCGGCUUUGCUGGCCAGGGUCUUUCUUUCAUUAUCACUAUGGCCUGCCUGAUCGAUGAGAACGCUCAGAACGCCAAGGGUGCCGCUAUCAACCCUCUCCGCACUCGUACCAUGGCUGCCUCCGCCUCUACCUGCACCAACUGGAUCACCAACUUCGCUGUUGUCAUGUUCACUCCUGUCUUCUCCUCCCAGAGUCCUUGGGGUAUCUAUCUCUUCUUUGCUCUGGUCAACUUUGUCGGCAUUCCCUUCGCCUAUUUCUUCUACGUUGAGACCGCUGGUCGUGACCUGGAGGAGGUCGAUGUCAUCUUCGCCAAGGCUCACAUUGAGAAGAAGUGGCCCUUCAAGGUUGCCCAGGAGCUGCCCAAGCUCUCCAUUGAGCAGAUCUCUGAAAUGCAGCGCGAGCUGGGUCUGACUUUUGCGGACCAUGCCGCUGAUGCUGAGAAGGUUGAGAUUGGAAGCAGCGGCGAGAGCGAGGACAACAAGCACGCCUCCGAUUAA